CUGUGACAAGCAGGCCUGUGUCACGCUUGUCUCACUCGUUCAUAUCGGUCGGCUGGAGGAUAUCUAUCGUUUUUCUCCGUCCAUAUCGUAGCGUCUAGAAAAAAAUGGAGUUUAAAUACAACAUUCUUUUUGUAGCAAUAUGUGCAAUAUUGCAUCAAGCUGACUGCUUAAAGUGUUACAGUUGCAAUAGUCUGUUAGAACCAAAAUGUGGCAAGACUUUCGAACUUUCUGGAAAAGAGGCUGCCAGUUACGUUGUGAAGUGUCAAGGAGAGAAUGUUGCCUGUAGAAAGAUUGAAUCUACGGAUGCACACAAAGAAAAGAUGCUUGUAACGCGCUCAUGUUGGAACACGACGGACGACCAGCUGAAGCAGGAUUUUUUUGAGUGCUCGAACAUGGGAAAAGGCAUGGCGUGUUACUGCAAGGGUACGGACCACGGGAAACCAUGCAACGGAGCACAACCAGUACUGACCUACAUCUCAAUUAUGAUGACUCUACUUUCAACUACUUUCUAUUUCAUAUUUUGAAUAUUCAUUUAUAUUUAACAAAAAUCCAAGUGAAACAUAGUUAAAAUAGAAAUAUGAAACACAAUCUUGUAAGACUGAUAGCUGGAAUCGCAAGUUUUACAUAGAACUGAAUGAAUUUCAAUAUUGUUGUUAUAUUUGUAAUAUUUGUAGUAUUUUACAUAGUUUGACAUUGAUAUAACAGACUUUGUACUCAAGAUUAUUAUAAUUUUUGAAAUAUUUUACAACAAUGAA